CUUGAAUGAAUCAAUAUGACUUUUAAUUGUUAGGUUAUUUUUUUUUAUCAACUUUAAUAGUUGAACUUUCGAACUUUUUUACCAAUUAUUUUUACAAUUAACAUUUAUAACUUAUUCUUCCAAGUCCAUUGAUUACCGAUGGGUAGAGGGAAGUAUUUUUGCCAUUAUUGCAAUAGUUACAUCGAACAUUACUCCUUUGGUCAACGUAAAUCGCACAACAGUGGUAAAAAGCAUAUGCUCAACGUGAGGUUCUACUACGACGAUUUUGUUGAAAAUGAAGCUCAAAAGUUGAUAGAUGCUACGACGGAAGCGUACAAGAACGGGACUCUAUUUCAACCAGUAGUGGUAAAUAAUCCGCCGGUAUUCGUGUUACCUCAACCAAUGUUUCCAACGGCUAUGCCAAUGCUUUCGGUUCCAGUACCUCCAAUGAUAGGAUACGCCAUGGCCGUGCCAUCAAUCGGCCCACCAUAUCAUUAUCCAGGGAUGAUACAAUGAUCAUCUUA